AUGUCUCGAGUUAUUGUGAGAAAUUUACCGAAAGAUAUCACAAAUGAUAAUCUUGUAGGACAUAUAAAAAAGCACUGUCCCAGUGCUGAUAUAACUGACUGCAACUUGAAGUAUACACAAGAUGGAAUCUUCAGACGAUUUGCAUUUGUUGGGUUCAACACCGCCGAAGCGGCAGCCUCAGUACAGAAGAAGCUACAUGGAUCAUUCAUCAGGACUACAAAGAUUCAGGUUGACAUUGCUGCAGAUGUAGGUAGUACACAAGUCAAGGCCUGGAGCAAGUACUCACACAAGAAUCAGGCUGGAAAGAAAGCAGCUGCUGAUACUGAAGCUGCAGCCAAGACAAAUGAAAAGAAAAGCACAAAAGAAGAAACUGAGCCUAAGACACAGAAGACAGCAUUUUCUAUCAAAAUAAAAGGACUGUCAGGAUUUUAUACAGAGAAAACAAUUCGAGACUUCUUCAAACCAAUUAAACUGACAAGUAUCAGGAUUCCUAAAAAUGCACAGAAAAAACCCAUAGGAGUGGCUUUUGUUGACUUGCCCUCACAGAAAGAACAAGAACAGGCCAUGGGGAGAAACAAGAACUUCAUCAAUGGCAAAAAAAUAUUUUUGAAGAAAUCAGCAGAUGAAACACCCACAGAGAAGAAAGUGACUCCGGCUCCUUGGACUCUGAAGGCAAAGGAGCCAGGCAAGCAAGAAGUGGAGAGUAUCGCUGAGUCAGGACGUCUCUUUGUCCGCAAUCUCUGGUUUGGUGUCACCGAAGAGGAGCUGGAGGCAAUAUUUGGCAAAUACGGUCCAUUGGCAGAAGUGAACCUUCCUGUUGAUUCACUUACCAAGAAAGUCAAGGGAUAUGCCCAUGUUGUGUUUGUGUUUCCGGAACAUGCCCUCAAAGCUUUCACUGAACUGGAUUAUACUAGUCUGCAUGGCCGCCUGCUACAUAUAUUACCAGGGAAAGAGAGCAACACAACUGAAAACUCUAAUGAGAAAUCAUCUUAUAAAAAGAAGAAAACCCUGCAGCAGAAAGCAAACAGUUCAAGUGCUCACAACUGGAACACUUUGUUCCUGGGAGUCAAUGCAGUCGUUGAUGCCAUGGCCAGCAAAUACCACACAGACAAGAGCAAUAUUCUGGAUGAUGAAUCACGGGGCAGUUUGGGUGUGAGGAUAGCUCUUGGAGAGACACAAAUUGUCUCAGAGACUAGAGAGUUCCUCAUUUCAAACGGUGUAGCAUUGGACAGUUUCAGCCAGGCAGCAGGGGAGAGAAGCAAGACAGUGAUUCUGGUCAAGAACUUGCCAGCAGGUGUUGUCCUGGAUGAGCUGAAGGAAGUAUUCAGCAAGCAUGGCUCUGUCAACCGAGUCCUGAUGCCUCCGUCUGGUAUCACAGCCAUAGUGGAGUUCUUUGAGCCAUCUGAAGCCAGACAAGCUUUUCUCAAGCUUAAUUUCUCAAAGUUUCAGUCCAUCCCUCUUUACUUAGAGUGGGCUCCAAUGGGAGUGUUUACCAGACCAGCCAAGUCUCAGGAUAGUCAAACUGAGGAGGAUGCACAGGAGGAGGACAAAGAUGCGGAUGCUGAGAGCAAGUCUGGCAACAAGGAGAACUCUGGGGAACAAGUAAGUCAGUCAGAUUUGCAAAAAAAUGCUGGUUCAGAUACUGAACCUGAGGAAGAAGCCACCAUUUUUGUGAAGAACUUGAAUUUUGCAAGCACGGACGAGCAGCUGCUUCAGCACUUCAGUAAGUUUGGCCAGAUUCAUUCUGCAACAGUGGCCAAGAAAAAGGAUCCCAAGACGCCAGGUCAGCUGUUGUCCAUGGGGUAUGGGUUUGUUCAGUUUAUGAAGAAAGCUGAUGCCAAGGAGGCGUUGAAGAAUCUGCAGAACUCGGAGCUGGAUGGGCAUAACUUGGAACUGAAGAUGUCAAAUAGAACCAAGCAUGAGGUUAAAGGUCGCCAGAAACAAGGGGAAACAAAACAGAAGUCUACCAAGAUCCUGGUCCGGAACAUUCCGUUUGAGGCUAAGAAGCGAGAGAUUGAGGAGUUGUUCAAGGUGUUUGGAGAGCUGAAGUUUGUGCGUCUGCCCAAGAAGCUUGGCGGGACCGGUCCUCAUAGAGGCUUUGCUUUUGUGGACUUCUUGACUAAACAGGAUGCCAAGAGAGCGUUUAAUGCCCUGUGCCACUCCACCCAUCUUUAUGGGCGCCGGUUAGUGCUGGAGUGGGCCGAGGCAGAGGAGAGCUUGGAUGACCUCCGGAGAAAAACUGCUCAGCAUUUCUCUGACGAUGGACCGAAGAAAAAGCUGAGUAAACGCAGUCUUAAAAGUGAACUGGAUGACUGA